GUGAUAGCGCUCGGCCAAUGGCUGCCGCUCUACUGAAGCAGCCUUAACUGGCUCCUGUAGCUACAUGAAUUUCUGAUCGGUAAUACACCUAAUUUCAGCACCACGUCGCUCUCCAGUGACAGCACCAGACAAGGUGAAUAUGCCGCAGGUGAAACAGGUGGGCCUGCUUGCCGCAGGCUGCCAACCCUGGAACAAGGAUGUCUGCGCGGCCAGUGGGGACAGAUUUGCAUAUUGCGCGACGCUUGCUAUAUAUGUGUACCAGCUCGAUCACAGGUACAAUGAGUUCAAGCUGAGAGCCAUCAUGUCCGAGCACAAGAAGACUAUUACGGCCAUAUCGUGGUGCCCACACAACCCCGACGUCUUCGCCAGUGCCAGCGCUGACAACCUGCUCAUCGUCUGGAACGUGCCAGAGCAGAAGGCAGUGACGAGGCUUGACAACACCAAAGGGAUACCCGCUUCCCUGAGCUGGUGCUGGAACGCUGGGGAUGCGGUCGCCUUCGUUUCCCACCGGGGCCCCCUUUACGUGUGGACCAUCUCCGGGCCGGACGCUGGCGUUGUCGUGCACAAGGAGGCCCACAGCUUCCUCUCCGACAUCUGCUUGUUCCGCUGGCACCCGCUGAAAAAGGGCAAAGUGGUGUUCGGGCACACAGAUGGCAGCCUGUCCAUUUUCCAGCCGGGAUCCAAAAACCAGAAGCAUGUCCUGCGGCCAGAGUCACUAGAGGGCAGCGAUGAGGAGGACCCAGUGACGGCGCUGGAGUGGGACCCACUCUCCACCGAUUACCUGCUGGUGGCCAACCUGCACAAUGGCAUCCGAUUGGUUGAUUCAGAGUCGCUGACCUGCAUCACUACCUUCUGCCUUCCCAGCUCCGCUGCCUCUGUGCAGUGCUUGGCCUGGGUGCCCAGCGCCCCUGGCAUGUUCAUCACGGGGGAUUCACAGGUGGGAGUCCUGAGGGUGUGGAAUGUGUCCAGAACGACCCCACUGGACAAUUUCAAGCUGAAGAAGACUGGCUUCCACACCCUGCACGUACUGAACUCUCCACCUGCCAAGAAAACCUUCGUCGCCGUCUCCCCCACCAAGAACCACCACACGUCGUCCACGAGCGAGGCCGUGCCCCCGCCGACGCUGUGCCAGAACCACGCCUUCUCGCUGCCACCAGGUCAUGUGGUCUGUUGCUUCAUGGACGGCGGUGUGGGCCUGUAUGACAUGGGGGCCAAGAAGUGGGACUUUCUCAGGGACUUGGGGCAUGUGGAGACCAUAUUCGACUGCAAGUUCAAACCAGACGACCCAAAUCUGCUUGCAACGGCAUCGUUUGAUGGGACAAUAAAGGUGUGGGACAUCAAUACCCUGACGGCCGUGUACACCUCACCUGGGAAUGAGGGCGUGGUCUACUCGCUCUCCUGGGCCCCAGGGGACCUGAACUGCAUCGCCGGGGCCACGUCAAGGAAUGGCGGUUUCAUUUGGGAUGUGAAAAAAGGCAAAAUGAUCACAAGAUUUAAUGAGCAUGGGAAGAAUGGGAUCUUCUGCAUCGCGUGGAGCCACAAAGACUCCAAGAGAAUAGCCACGUGCAGCGGCGACGGGUUCUGCAUCAUCCGCACCAUCGACGGGAAGGUGCUGCAUAGAUACAAGCACCCAGCGGCUGUGUUUGGCUGUGACUGGAGCCAGAACAACAAAGACAUGAUCGCCACGGGCUGCGAAGACAAGAACGUGCGAGUGUAUUACCUGGCCACCAGCUCAGACCAGCCACUCAAGGUGUUCACCGGACACACGGCCAAGGUGUUCCACGUGCGCUGGUCACCCCUCCGGGAGGGCAUCCUCUGCAGCGGCUCCGAUGAUGGGACGGUACGGAUCUGGGACUACACCCAGGACGCAUGCAUCAGUGUGCUUAGCGGACACAGUGCCCCUGUGCGUGGCCUCAUGUGGAACACGGAGGUCCCGUAUCUGCUGAUCUCAGGCAGCUGGGACUACACAAUCCGCGUGUGGGACACUCGGGACGGCACAUGCCUGGACACCGUGUACGACCAUGGUGCCGACGUCUAUGGCCUCACCUGCCAUGCCAGCCGGCCCUUCACCAUGGCCUCCUGCUCUCGAGACUCCACCGUGAGGCUGUGGUCGCUCACCCCCCUCAUCGCCCCACUCCUGGUCAAUAUCUUAGCCGAUCACAGUUGGGAUGACAUCAUGGGCAACACCGACCGGGCCAUGGUUCCAGGUGCCCCGCCUCUGCUCUGCGGUAAAGUGUCCAGGGACAUCAAGCAGGAGCUGGACAAGCUGGCUGGUGACGUCCGGGUCAAGAAGCUGAGGUGGUUCUCUGAGUGUUUCUCUCCUCCCGGAGGCAGCCACAACCUGUGGGACCUGGUGGCGGUGAUAUCUGGCCAGGACGACAGCCUCCUGCCCCAGGGCUACGGGAAUGGCAUCAUGCACAUGAAGCACCUAGUCCGCUUUAAAACUUCAGAGGCCCAGGAGUUAACGAUAGUCAAGAUGUCCAAGUUUGGAGGUGGAAUCGGUGCGCCAAGCAAAGAGGAGCGGCUAAAGAGGGCAGCGGAGAUCCACCUGCGCUUGGGGCAGAUCCAGCGUUACUGCGAGCUCAUGGUGGAGCUUGGCCAGUGGGAGAAAGCCUUGUCUGUAGCCCCAGGCGUGUCCAUGAAGUACUGGAAGAAACUGAUGCAGAGGAGGGCUGACCAGCUCAUUCAGGAAGGAGAUGAUGAUGUUAUUCCGUACUGCAUCGCCACGGGUGAUGUAAAGAAGCUGGUCAGUUUCUUUACCUCCCGGGGACAGCUGAACGAAGCCCUCGUAGUGGCUCAGGUUGCUUGUGAAGGGAACAUCCACAUACCUCAGACAUCCUCAACAAAAAUACCUGCUAACACUGAAGAUAACAAUGUGGAAAUGUAUAACGGGUUGCUGCAAUGCGUAAGCAGGGAGCUGGCGGAGUGGUACUUUCAGGACGGGCGGGCCGUCCUGGCCGCAUGCUGUCACCUGGCUGUGGACAACAUAGAGCUGGCCAUGACGAGUCUGAUCCGGGGCAACGAGCUUGAGCUGGCUGUGUGUACUGGCCUGGCGCUGGAGAAAGCGGCUGGUCCCACUACUCACUACGCCCUGGAACUACUAGCCAUAAAGUACAUGACAACCCCCAUGUGCUUCCCAUGUGUUGGAAACAGGGAUCUGGCUGCAGACUUGCUGCGAAUGAUCCCAGACAACGAAAUCCUGUUAGUCAAGCUCUGUGCUUUCUAUCCCGGGAGUGCCAGCGAAAUCAACGAUCUCCGCGAAAAAUGCAGUCUACCAUGUUUAGAGGAGUGCAACAGAUUGGCCGAGGCUGCCCUCGCAGACGGGGAAACCUUCCAAGCCGUGAAGUACCUGCUUCUGAGCUCAGAGCCAGAGAGAGCCCUGACUAUUGGCCUUGCGUUUGUGAAAGAUCAACUGAGCAGCCCGGACUGGACCCUGGACUCAGUCUACCCCAUUCUCGACCUCCUCAGCUACAUCCGGACAGACAGGCUUAUCCUCCCAAAGUGCAGUGAGGAGCGUAACCAGCUGCUCAUUCUGUGUGGCUACAUCGGCGCCCUGCUUGCCGUGCAAAGGCAGUACACCAGCGUCGUGCCGGUGCUUUACGAGUACACCAGCCAGCUGCUGAAGAGGCGGGAGGUGUCGGUGCCGCUGCAGAUCGACCAGCUGUCCGCGGAGCUGGAGGCCUGGAGAGCGUGUACCCAGCCACCUUCCAAAUGCCCCGAGUCCACCCCACCAACCGAGAGCCAGAGGGCGGGGCAUGCGCUGCUAAUGAGCCGAAUUGGGGAGGCGCCACUGAAGGGGAUGGAGGGUCCUGACUACGUCACAGGAUCCAACCUUCCCAGUCACUCUGAUGUCCAGAUCUCCUGCUUCACUGGACUCAGGAUACAGGGGCCCGUGUUCUUCCUCGAAGAUGGGAAGUCGGCGAUUACGCUGAACGACGCAUUGAUGUGGGCGAAAGUGAAUCCAUUUUCGCCUCUCGGGACUGGGAUGCGUCUCAAUCCUUUCUGAGCACGGGCACAGACAGUCAGAUAUAGGCACACUUACACGCACAAACACACACGUGCGCAAAAAUUUUGCUUGUAUCUGUCUUCUUUAGAAGGCAAAGGCUUGGACAGCUUUGGACAGAUCCAGGACCAAACUGUCAUAGGGCAGAAGCGAUUAAAUUGUUUAUUAAAUUGUAUAAUUGAGUGAUUUUGUGGCAUUUUUAAAACCAAAACACUCAUUAGCUUAUACACAUCAGCUUAAUUCUUUAUGGAAAAUGAGAAAACACAAUUUAAAUAUUGUAUAUUUAGUUUUUUUUUUCAAAUAUUUGUUGAAUAUUUAGCAAGUAAUACAUGAAUGCAACAUUUUAUUGUUUUAAUGCUAAAGAAUCAAUAUAUUUAAUCAAACUCUUGCUGGCCCAUUGUAGAAGGGACUGGGAAAGUAAAGAACUUCAGUAUUACCAGAGGAAACCCUGUUUCCAAUGUCGAGGGUGUGUAAUUUCAAUAUUAAAAUCUGGAGUUGUGCCGAUCUGAUUCUAACUGUUUAGAAAGACGUCUCAGUGCUGUUUGUGUGAGCUUGCUUAAAAAUUGUUUAAGAAGUAGGUGUGUAGUCAAUGCUUAACAUAGUAGUUCAGGUGGUCACCAGCCAGCAGUGAAACAGGUACAUUUCACACCUGUCAUUAAUGAUGCAAGCCGCGUUCCAUUUACGCUGGAGGUUGGAAGUCGGAGCUGGGAAUGAAGUCACACCCAAAUUAAUCGUGUUCAACUACAAGAAGCCGGAAAGCCGUUCAGAAAUACCAGUUCUAGCCAGACUUAUUGUUAGCCAUGGUUAGCAAUACCGAUUAAUAAUAACACACUACAAAGUGUCUUGCGUAUAAAAACACCAUAGCAACAUGUCCACAAAUAGCGGUUGGACAUACUGUGUGUACGACCAAUUUAAUGUGAAACAAAUAAGACAAUAUAUAACUACAGCCUUCACUUCUGUUGAUGAAAGGUGCAGCCAUCUUGAAUUCUGAGGUCGGAGUUGUAGAGGUUCCACCAACUUACCAAGUUGGAACUUUGACUUCAGGGGCGUUCCAGUUUAAAUUUCCGACUAGCUAAAUUUCAACGCACUAUUAGUCACACCUGAAAUUCAUGGUGAGUUUGCACUCUGUCCUACUGUUGGUUCCAGUUGUACUCAAAGCCGUGCACAUAGAUAAGGUCUGGAGCGCUCCGUUAAGCCUGUGGCCAGGUAUAAUUUAACUUGUGACGCUUUUUAAUUACUCAGACAACACUGUGAGUUUAUGCGAUCAUUGAAUUUACUUGGGGGAAAAAACACGACUUGUUGUUCUCCUAGAAAAAUCUCGAUUCAUAAAGCUGUCAGUUUUGCUAGUUUCUCUUGAGCAUGGUCAACGUCGGCUGCCUCCAGUCAGCAGAGGAGGACGGCCUCUGUGAAAUAUGCCAGCUGCUGCGUACUGAGUGCGUUUUGCUUUAGCAUGUAUUCUGUAUAUGUCUGUGAACAUUACUUUUGUAGAACCAAAAGAAAAAAAACAUGUAUAGCAGAGGAUGGAGAUUUCAGGUCCAGAGAGUACAAAUCCAGACCAAGAUUUUGUUCCAACCAACCUGUUGAGUACUCUGUGACUGUGACUCUUUAUACUCAACUGAUUGGUUGAAACAAAAUCUUGGUCUAGAUUUGUACUCUCUGGACCUGAAAUCUCCACAUCUGAUGUAUAGGCUAUGAGGUUUAGUUACCAAUUUGUUAUCCUGUAUUAUUAUAUAUAAUUUGGCUGUGCUUUGUUUCUGGGUAAGGGAUGGAGAUAAAUGCAUAUUUUAGCAAGGCAGCUGAAGAAAAACUAUAUUUUUCCACGAGAGAAUCAGUAUAGAUGUUCUGUUUUUACCUCGUCACAACAGAGCAUCCUUAGUGCUGAAGCUGGUCAUUUCUCCAUGAACUCUGACUAAUCCCAUCACACUAGUCACUACACUACAUGUCAGUGUGAAUGACCACUGUCAGUUGGCAAAAUUACUUUCAGAACCAGUAAUGAUUCAGAUUCAGUAAUGCUACAAUGACUAGUAUUUGUGUGUGUCAUGUCAUUUCCUUAAUUUGCCUGUUUUCGUUAUUAGUAAAUGUGUCGGAUCAUGGAAGCUGUGCCUUAAUCGAAUCACACUUUAGAACCAUCGUUUACUUUGUCAAAAACGUUGUCUAUAAAAAAGAAGGUAAGUAUUGAUAGGCAGUUUCAGAAACACAGAACGUUCCUCUACAACGAUAAAGUAUCAGUUUAAGAAUACAAUGCGUUUCUCAUUUUGCACUGUGAAAUUUAUUAGUUUCUUAGCGUGUUUAUGAAUUUAUCGUUUUAUGUGCGAGAUGUACGUACAUGUAAUCAAAUUCACUGUAAUAUACUGCGACAAAUUCCUGUUGUCAUGUUUAAAAAAUGGAUGGGGUAUAUUUAGCUCAUUUAUAUGUUAGAGGCUACCCAUAUUUGCUGUUUAUCUUUGCAGCAACUUAUAACACAUAAUUAAUUUACGAGAAUGUAAGCAUAUCAGGUGUUUGAUCAGUGUUCGCAUAGUAAAGCAUACAUAUGAAAGCAGAGGGAUAGAAGCUGAAGAGUGUAUAUAUUUUUAUUUGCACCUCUUUAAAUAUUGGGCAUCUUUGCUUUAUCCUUAAUGUGUAAGCAAAAUUACCUAAAUUUUUAAAGUUCCAUAGCUUUUUGUACUUUUGUUAAUGUACUGUGGUUUUCAAUGACGACAAUAAAGACCAUUGCUAAUCUU